AUGUCUCUCUCUAAAAUUUUGGCGGAGGAGUCUCUUCCGGUUGGGUACCGACUUCGCCCUACCGACGAAGAACUCAUCAAUCACUAUCUGAAGUUGAAGAUCAACGGCGAUGAGAAGCAAGUCAGUGUUAUUCGAGAGAUCGAUGUCUGCAAAUGCGAACCCUUGGAGGAGUCUCUUCCGGUUAGGUACCGAUUUCGCCCUACCGACGAAGUACUCAUCAAUCACUAUCUGAAGUUGAAGAUCAACAGCGAUGAGAAGCAAGUCAGUGUUAUUCGAGAAAUCGAUGUUUGCAAAUGCGAACCCUGGGAUUUGCCUGGUAAAACUACCCACAUAAAAAAUUAA